AAGCCUCUGAUUGGUCAAAGUGGAUUCAAAAUGGACAGCUAGAAGUCCGCUAACAACAACAGUAGCGUCUUACGUCUUGAAAACGGGAUAAAAAAACGAUCAUCAAAGUCAUUCAAUGUUGGAUUUAUCAUCACGGACAUGUUGUACAAAGUCUCCGAAAAGACACCGAAGUUCCAGGUCGCACUACAACCCUUCUGUAAGGGCCACGAUCGCACGGAAGCCCUGCCUGCAACGGCGCAAGUGUGAGCUUCCGGUCAGAACAAACCACGCCGUUAAAAAAUGAAGAGAUGUGCAACGUCAGGCAAAGACUAAAAGAAAGAAAAGAGAAGGUCGGGGGCAACAUGCAGACCAAACACCAAAGGACAUUCGAGGCGAACGACCUGAACUGUGGCGUGAUGGCAACCAGGUGCUCCAUGAGGACAACAUGCCGAGGCCUCACCCACCCUAUAUACUGGAAUUGGCAGGCGGCCAGGCUACUCCUUUAAACCUCAGGAUCUGUGCCAACCCCUGGAACCCACAGAAUAUGGCCUGCAGCUGGGCUUACAGGGAGAGCCUCAGGCCCUGUUAGCCACCGAGGCAUCCACAAUCGAUGAUGACACAGCGUGCAUUCAUAUCAGGCGAGUCUCUGCACAUGCAACAGUCGAAAACAUGCAGGCAGCAGUGGCAGGUGACCGGACAGGACAGCCAGCAGCAGCAGACGCAGCAGCUCAGGUUUCCUCCUCUCGCGUGACGUCAUCCUGCCUGGAGAUUUGACCGGAACUCCGCCCACUUGCUGUUCUCGAGAUCAACGCUAGAUGUCAGUGUCGGACAACACGCCCAACAACAAGGUGGCUGGCAAGUCGAUAGGUGUCCCACAGACCCCUCUGUCGACUAUCUUUGACCAACAGGUUCUACGCAAGGCCAGGUCUGUAUUAGACUGCAUAGACCACCCUCUUCCAUCAGACUCUGGCUGGACAUCGACAUCAUUCCUUCCUGGACCUCGGCAGUGCUAUUUAUUGCAACUACACGUUCCUCAACACAGGAGUUUGCUGCAGUUGUGACUUUGUGACAUCUAAGGAGGCUGGUCCUGCUUUCCGUCUGACCCCUGGCUCAUCCUCAUUAGCGUUCAUUUGAAGAGUUUGAGUUGCAGGUCUGCAUCCCAACCUUUCUGGCCAUGUAUCCAGCCAACCAGGCUCUUCAGGAACAUCUCCAGUCAGUGAUGGAUGGGGGCGACUGUCUCUCACCUCAGUGGAGAGAAAGAGAAAAAUAUAUUUCUUUCUCAUGUAAAAUAUUAUUUUUCUUUUUUACAGUUUUCAUCUGUUUACCAGAGUUGGCUGCACUUGCUUAUAAAAAGACUCUUAAUCUGGAUUAUACCAUGCAACGCGGCCAUGCUUUUCAUAAUCGGUUUGGUUGAGCUGUGAUUCUCGGCAGCGCAUGACACAUCUGGAUGCAGGCAGUCUGUUCGGGGGAGGUGUGUGUGUGUGUGUGUGUGUGUGUGUGUGUGUGUGCGUGCUUGUGACAGGGAAAGUGGGAGAGAGAGAAAGACAGGGUUGCGACCACUCACGACCCGCGGUCCUUGCGCGCACCGAUGGAGAGGGGACCUACAGGAGACCGAGGGAACCUUCCCAUGCGUAAAGUUCCAUAUUUGUCGGUGUCAUGUAGGUGCCUUGGCUGUGCAAUGUAAAGAACAAAAAUGGCAGAGAGUGGAAAAAAUGGGGAAAGGAGAAGUGAGGAUGAAGAAAAAGGAGAUGGCAGAUCUCUCCAGGAACCCUACAAACACUCCCCAGUCGCUGCCCCUUCUUUUGGGAGCAGAAGGCAUCUCCCACGAGGGAUUGUGAUCCAGCUGACUGGGACAGAGGGAGAGUGGGACAGCCUAGAUGACAGUGAGCUCAUCUUCUCCCUUGAUCACGAUGAGGACUACCCAUCCACACCUCUCUCUACGUUGAGGCAGCUCUCUGUGGAGGAUGACAGAAGGUUGCAGUCCCAGGCUUUUCAUGUACCUCUUUCUCCCUCUUCGCCUGGCUCUCUAGGAAACUGCUCCGCCACUGGCCCCAGUUUCCUCUCCCCAGGCCCAUCUUCACCGACCCACCGACCCCUUGCAAGCCUGGUAAAGUCUCUCUCCACAGAGCUGGAGCUGAAAGAAGGCUCCACCCUGAGACCCAAGCCCUUUCUCAGCCUGGUAAAGUCGAUCUCCACAGAGAUCUCCCGCUCAGAACCUGAGGUGUCGCAGUCAAAAUCAGACUCCCGCCUCAACCUCCACCUGUGGAAGCAGCUGACCCAGCCGAAAUCCCGCAGCAAUGGGGACUCUCGCACUGCGCCCCCUUCUCCUAGCUCACUAUCCCCUAGCGGAGAGGCCCUGAAAGGGGGCUUCUUCAAAAUGGAGCUGGAGGACACCAAGAGGAAGCUCUCGGAGGCCGUGCACGAACCUCUGAGCAACAUGUUCAGUAAGAUCAUGAGAGAGGAGAGCGCAGGUAGUCCCAAACACCAGUGUAAGAUCCCGGGGGCUCACCAGGUCAGCUCCAGAGCUUUUGGACGGGAAAGCAGCACAGACACGGUUCUGUCAGACUCCCCUGUGAGAAAUGCUAGAAAACCAGAUGCUGAAUUUUUGCCUGUGUUUGACUGGCCUUCUGUCAAAAGUCAGCGGAGAAUUCACCACAGCUCCUGUCCUGUGCAUCACCACGGACAAUAUAACAGGGGUGAGGAGCUGGAAAUAAGUACAGAUGGCGAUAUGAUGCAAGUGAUUGCCACGGAGACACGCAGACAGACGAGGAGACCUCCUGCUGAUCAUCCGGUCCCUGUAGCACCUCUCCCCGCACCUCUACCUCAGCCCCCUCAUCCUCCGCCCCGCAUGAGUUUAUUCUGUGUUGCGGUGCUCUCUUAUGGCUAUUUCAUCCUACCUCUUAGUCCAUACUUCUCUGGCCUGGCUCUGGGGUUGGCACUUGGCUUCUUGAUAGGCCUGUUGCUCAUUAGGAUGGGUUCCUCCGGGGCUCGCUGUCCAGCUCCUGCCCACAGGCCAGCACAGACCCUGCUUGGAGAGGUGAUUCUGGCAGGUGGCGCUGUUAACACUGAGCCUGGCAUCCUCAAGGGCUGGAUGAAUGAGAUACACGAUUACGACCCAGAAACCUGCCAUCCAGCUCUGACUCACUCCGUGUUUGCCACGUUGGAGGGCUCUUGUCUCCGCCUGGACUCCCCGCGAACCAACAUCAGCCGAAGGGCCACGUACGACGAAAGAGUCCAGGAGGCCACCUUUGUCACGUCACGCUGCUUUCAGCUUGCAAAGAGCAAAGUAUUCCUGCUGCCUUCUGUGUUGGCGCGCAAGAGGACGUGGAACCCAAAGUAUCCCAUCUGCAUCCAACUGGCCGGGGCAGUGAACUCCCAGGAGGGUGAGGUGGGGAGGUUGGAGGAGAGUCGGGGAGAGGAGCCAGGUGCUGAACCGUCAAAUCCAAAACAAAGUUCCUUCUCCAAGACCGUCAGUGACCUGCCCACCACUCUUUACCUCUUCGGCCGCACAGGACGAGAGAAAGAAGAGUGGUUUCGCCAUUUCCUCUUUGCAUCCGUGGACACAGAGAGCGAUAAGGAGAGGGACGGACAGCCGUCUGACAGAUGUGUGUCCAGAUCGGGUGAUCCAGCACUGGCACAGAGUGUUUGUGUCUCGGGUAACACUCCAAGCAACCGAGGCUCCAGCAGAGUGGGCAGCGGUGAAGAUGAUGCACCCUGCACAGCCCCGCUCCCCACCUGCAUGUCUGCAGCUCAUGUCAGUCAGACAUUCAGCAGCACCAGGAACCUUUCAUUGCUAGACUACCCCAGCUACAUGGCUCGUCUCCUGGCCACAGAGGAGAUCACGCCCCUCUCCAGUCCAGGAGCCGGCAGCACAGAGACAAGCCCCACCAUCAGAGGAAACUGUACGUGUGAUCUGACAGAGUACCCCAGCAAGAGCCAGACCGCGUGGGCCGACGCUCUCAUUGGUCGAAUCCUCUGGGACUUCCUGCGAGAGAAGCACUGGGCCGACGUGGUCUCCCAAAAGAUCCAGAAGAAGCUCAGCAAAAUCAGACUGCCUUACUUUAUGAAUGAGCUCACUUUGACGGAGCUGGAUAUGGGCUGCUCUGUGCCACGUGUCACCGCCAGCUCCCAACCAGAGUUUAACCACAGAGGUCUGUGGGUGGAGCUGCAGGUGUCUUACACUGGCGCCCUGCAGAUGACCCUGCAGACCAAGUUCAACUUGUCCAAGCUGGGCAAAGAGGGCGGCCAGGACGCAGACUGUGUGACUGAAACUGGUAGCACACACUGCCGGCCCGUCCUCAGUGUGUUGGCGGACAGUGACGAGGAGUCCUCCAGCGCCGGUUCAUCCGAUGAGGAAGAGCUGCUUCUUGCCGAGCCUCAGGGGCCAGUCGGAGAGAAGGCAUCUACUCCAGCCACUGAAGGGACAGGCGGAGGCAGGACUGGAAGGAAGAUUUUGAGAUUUGUGGACAAAAUCGCUAAAUCAAAGUAUUUCCAGAAGGCGACGGAGAACGAGUUCAUUAGGAAGAAGUUUGAGGAGAUGUCCAACACGCCCCUGCUGCUCACUGUAGAGGUUCAGGAGCUGUCAGGGACGCUGGUCGUCAACAUCCCCCCACCCCCGACUGACAGGAUAUGGUACAGCUUCUGUGUGCCACCCAAGCUGGAACUGCAUGUCCGUCCAAAACUGGGGGAGAGGGAGGUGACCUUCUGCCAUGUAACUGAGUGGAUUGAGAGGAAACUGCAGGAUGAGUUCCAGAAAGUGUUUGUACUGCCAAACAUGGACGACAUCUACUUACCCCUGAUGCACUCUGGGAUGGACCAGCCUCAAGCCGCUCAGCAUCUGUCUCCUCAGUCCCGGCACUCCUGCAGCUCCUCCACAGAGUCGAUAGAGAGGAUCCCACCUCCGGGCCAGAGUCCGAAAGGUCCAGGUCCACAGGAGAGCUGAGGCUGCAAA